GCACGUGUUCGUUGUAGCGCUAUCGCCAGUGAGCUAUGCGCCACUUUUUGACGAAGAAGGGGAGAAGAAGAAGCGCUAUCGAACGAGCUGCUUAAAAGCUGGAGCGUGAUGGGGAAGGUCCCUGGCUGCGCCAGUUUAGACUCGGAGUCUUUUGGAAGGCGAAAGAACGACAAGAGCAGAGUCCUUGGCCUGAUAUGCUAUGCAGCCGCCGCCUUUGCAUUCGCUGCCGCUGUGGCUAUCAUCAUAAACCAUCAGCCUGUUAUUCAUAGACAAGUACCUUUCGAUGACCAGUACGACGAUCUUAGUACAGCGCGGACGCUUUCCACAGACACCGCCGGAACACAUGGUGUGACACUUGGCGCUGGACAACAGCAAGAGAACGCGGGCAAGCCGGUCGAAAUGCAGGUUCCACAUGGAGGCAGUGAACGUGUCGUGAAGAAAGUAUGCGACACUGAGGACUGUCAUUACAUGCGUCGGCUCAUUGAGUUGUCCGUGAACACGUCGAAGGACCCGUGCGACAACUUCUUCACUUUCGUCUGCGAAGGAAUCAACGAGAAAUUCGCCAUGGAAUUAAAAGGAGGCCUCAUGAAUUCCGUAAGCGCCAAUCUCACGCUCAGUGUCUUCCGCUCGGUUGCCUAUGCAAGGAUACCACCAGUAGGACAAACAGCAUUUGAGAAGGUGGCUGCAUUUUACCAGUCGUGCGCAGACCCUCAGGACAGGAGAGCAAUUCGUCGAACCAUAUUGCGUUUCUUGACUGCCAACAACAUGGACGUAACGAGAAACAUGACCUUUCACCCCCUGUUCAAACAAGUUGAGUUUAUGUGGAAGGACUGGCCACUGAUAUUCGGUAUGUCACCCGUAUUCUUCCGUAGGUACGGCGAAGUUGCACUCGCAGUAAAAGCGACUCGCGGGUUUGAAUGGUUUAAAGCGCAGAAGCGUGGUAGACGGCUGCAGCGAAAGCGCUUCGUCGCAAAAAUAUUAGGAUUCGUCUUCCGUGCGAGCGGAGUCAACGGAACCACAAUAAAUGAAAUUCUGCGAGCCGAAGACAAGGUGUUGAAGAUAGCGAGACGACAGCACAAGGAAGCUAUUCACGUUCUACCAAUGCGUUAUGCAUGGUACGGAUUGGACAAGAAUGUGUCGUCCAUCUGGAAUGAAGCCCUUCAAAAUUACAGCAACACACUUCUUCCGGGCAACUACAGCAUGUAUAUGUCAAUGACUAGCAUACGCCUUUUCCUAGACCUGUUUGGAACCAAUCCAUCGAUAAGGGCAACCGAACUCCGGACAUUCCUCGCCUGGAGCAUCACACGUUUCCUUUAUAACGCUUCCGGUCUUAUAGAGCCUAUGAAUCGCACCAGUUGUUUUUUAUCUGUCAUGAAGGUGUUUCCCAAAUUAGGCCCCCUCGAGGUCUUGAGGAAGACUGUGAAUGAGUCAAGAGUGGCACGCGUUGAAGAAAUGGCACAGAAUAUCUUCAACGAAAUACAAGCUUCAUUCAAUACGUCUGUCUGGCUCGACACAAAGACACGGAAAGGCGCAGUGGACAAACUAUCGCAAUUGAACAAGUUCAUUGGAUAUCCGUUAGAACGCUAUUCACUGGCUGAUGUUCCAGAUCUGAAUGGUCCUUUCAUCGCGAACCUCAUGAGUCUCAAUGACAUUCUUAUGGAUCAAAUCUGGAGGCUAAUUCUCCAACCAAACGCUACGACUUUCCUCCUUCAAGCUACCUUCCUCGGUGAAAUACCGCUAUUCAUCGCUAAUGCAGCGUACGCAAAAAUGUACAACGCUCUUUACAUUUCUCCCGGCAUCAUGUACAGGCCGAUAUUCACGUAUGGCGGACCGCCGGAAGUCAACUACGGUGCAUUGGGACGAAUCAUGACGCAUGAAAUGAUGCAUGGAUACGACGUCGAUGGAAGAGGUUACGACGGUAAAGGGGAUCGUGUACAGUGGUUCACCGAUAAAAGCGAAGAAGCAUUCAAUGUUCUGGCCAAGUGCCACAAAGAUAGCAUCGAAGGCUCGCCUAAGGCUCGUCACUUCGCUGAAUUCCCCGACGAGUACCUCGCUGACACCAUGGGAGAAGGUUCGCUUCUGAGCGCCUACCAGAAGGCUUCACAGAGGUCGACCGUAACGCUCGGAAAGGUUAAAAACUUGACAAGUGACGAGCUCUUCUACGUCGCUUGGUGUCUGGCAUGGUGUGGGACCAGCGUUCCAGAUUCAAAUCACCCUCCUCUGGAUGAAAGGUGUAACGUUCCCUUUCUGAAUUCCGAGCACUUCAGUGCGGUAUUCGGAUGCGCUGCGGGUGCUCCGAUGAACCCGCCGAAAAAAUGUCACUUCUGGUAGCGACUGUUUGUGUGAAUAGCACAAGAGCCGCUUCUCCAAAUCAUAUAUAACAAUAAUCAUGGUACAACAAUAUAAUAAGUGUGCAACUUACUUGUCGCUUAC